CACACAUACAGCUAAGGAAAAACAGGAAAGUGUUUGUGGAACUUGGAGUUUAAAUAUGAUUAUAAAAUGCACGUUUAUAUAACAGUAACAGAAAUGCAACUCUACCUUUUUUAACUAAGUAAUAUCAAUUCAAUCCAAUGAUUUAAACGCAAAAAAUAGAGAGAAUGAUAAUAAACAAAAAUAAAUCAAAAUGCCUAAAGUGACGAUUUUCCUCCCCCUUGUUCAAAGUCACUUUUUAUUAAAUUGUGCAGCUUUUUAUCAUCUCCAUAAAGAAAGAUGAAAAUGCUGAGAGUCGUUUCAUUAUAAAAGGCUCCUCGGGAUUCAGGUGACGCUCUGUCCAUUCAUCUGUCCAUCCGUCAUGCGUCGCGGCUGAUGGGAUGGGAGGUCGAAAUCUGGGUGUUCACUGGGAACACUGGAGACUGGGGGCGACGCACUGAACAGUAAAGUGGUGGUACAUCCUAGCGGUGGCUGCAAGCAAUGGGCUGAGCCCUUGCUUGGGGGCUGACUCUCACACACAGCGCAGUCCCCCCUCACACACAGAGCCGUGCUCGACCAGGAGACACAGCGACACAGCGAGCGUUGCACAGUUUGAAAGUUGGCUCCGGUGUGAGCCCGCGAUCCAAACCCAAAGGGAAGACCGAGUUUUUGACCGACAAGAGGAGUUUGAAACCCAAGUGCGGGCAAAAGGAAAGACUUUCGGUGGGUGGGGGGGAGCGCACAACCGAGGGCGCAAACAAGAGCUGAGGCUCGACAGGAGUACAAGAGGAACUUCCACCAGACCUCUGAGCAGCCCUGACUUUGUAUUUUUAUUUUUUUCUACAGGACCCAAUUUGAUUUGUGGUCCCCCCCCUCUUUGCCGAGAGCAGAACUGCUGCUCCAUCAAGAGACGCGCGUAAAAGUUUUGGAGAGCGCCUAGUGAAGAAAACGGUGACAACUCACCGCAUCCCGUCAUUUCUCCCGCUACCGGCAUAUUUCACCAGACAUCCACCUAAGCGGAGAAAACAUUCAAGACCUGCCGCAUCCUAAACACUUAACCCGUUUCCUUUGAAGGAGGACGAAGAGGGGGGAAAAGUUAGCGAGGAAGAAAGUGCGAGGAGAAGUGAACCAAGAGCUGGACUGUUAUGAGCAGAAAAAACGUGAUAAAGGCCAAAUAAAUGCUGUAUGAGGAGCUCUUGAACUGCUGCGCUCACAGUUGAAGGAGAGGGGAAGGGGAGCCGGACGGAGACCCCCUGUGAACUGGGCAAAACAACAGAUUUAGUGUGUUGUUGGGGGAGGUAAGGAGAAAAGAGACGGAUAAAGUCUGAGAGUGAAGCGGCUAAUUGCUUAGUCCGUCCCUCAUUACCAUAUCCAAUGCGCGUCCGCUGGACCCCAGCCAAUCCUCCCCACCUUCACACGAUGCCAUUAAUCGCGAGGCAUUAUUCACUAUCAUAAUUAUCAUCCCGACAUGCGCAAUCCGACGCACAGCAGCGGCAGCAGCAGCAGCAGCACUGGCUAAUUCCAGGUUUGCCCCCCUCUCCUCUGUGCGCUUCCAGACUCUUGGCGAACUUUUUGCGCGCUGAGUGCCCAGCUCUCCGCUGAUGCUUCUGCCAAACGCAAGCACAUCUCGGAGCGCCAACCCCGCAGCCUCGCCGCCCCCGACGCCAGCAGCAUGUCCCGACGCAAGCAAGCCAAGCCGCAGCACCUCAAGUCGGACGAGCCGGAUCCCGCAAUAACCGGGGUGAUUUCCGAGCGCGCCCAAGGUGACGUGCUGGAUGACGCUGACAGCGGGAAUGAGAGCCGCAGCGGCAGCGAGGAGACUCAUGUUUGUGAAAAGUGCUGUGCUGAGUUCUUCAAGUGGUCCGACUUCUGUGAACAUUUAAAGAGUUGCACCAAAAACCCCCUGGUGCUGAUCGUGAAUGAGAAUGAUGACGCGCUGAACCCCUCCCAGGAGUACCCAUCUGAGCCCUCUCCUUUACCCAGCUGCCCCAGCGAGCAAGAUGACAGCGAGGACCCCAGGGAAGGAAGCCACAGUCCUGUUGGGGACUGUGAUGACAUCCCAGAUAUAGCAACCUUGAAUAGAGUCAACAUGAUUGAAAAGGAAGAUGAGCAGAUGGAGGUUGAGCUUUCUCCAGAAAAAAAUAUGGAUUCUGAAGAAAGAGACAUAACAUCUCCGGAGCCUAAUGGCUCCCUACCUCAGCUCAAUGACAUUGUCCCCUCUGUCGUUACAAGCUAUACCAUGCCAAGCACCAAUGUUACCUUGGAGACGCUUCACGGCACCCGAGUUGCUGUUGCCCAGUUUUCCCAGAGUGUGAGAGCAGCAGCGGGAAAUGGGAUUUCUUCCAUGGCUAUUCCCAUGAUCCUGGACCAGCUGAUGGCUCUCCAGCAGCAGCAGAUUCACCAACUUCAGCUCAUAGAACAGAUCCGUAGUCAGGUGGCUCUCAUGAACAGACAGUCUGCUCCGCAGCCCAAUCUUUCUCACCAUAACAGUAAUGUUGCUGGAAACCAGGGGCCUUCCUCUUCAUGUGUUCCUGCUGUUGCCGGCCAGCUUCCACUGCAUAGCUUUGUCGCCCCUCCUGUCCAUCAGCUGCCUGUUAGGUUGCCAGCCACUCUUACUGGUCAAGGCCCAUCUGCCAUGACGUCAUCUUUAGAAAGGCCUGUCCCUCAAACACCACAAAGUGGCUCUCAGCAGUCCAACUCUUCAGUUUCAAACUGCUCCCCAAACAGGUCCGUGUUCCCCCCUCCGACUGGCACUGGUCUGUCGUCUCUACAUCCAACUUGCUCGUCUUCAGUCACAAAUAACAAUACCAGUUCUAGUAUCAGUAUAGCAGGAGGCGGUGGCAUUAGCAGCGGCUCAGCCCCUCCCAGAAACUCCACCACCCCUCCAACCCUCAGUCAUGGCAGCCUCCUGAGCUCUGCCUCCAGUCUACCCCUUAUACCUCACAGUUCCUCAAGCACCGUCAUUUUCCCCAAUCCGCUGGCGAGCAUUGCAGCCACAGCCAAUGCGCUUGACCCCCUUUCUGCGCUGAUGAAGCACCGCAAGGGGAAGCCCCCAAAUGUGUCUGUGUUUGACACCAAGCCCAGCUCGGAAGACCCUUUCUUUAAGCAUAAGUGCAGGUUCUGUGCCAAGGUGUUUGGCAGCGAUAGCGCCCUGCAGAUUCACUUGCGUUCCCACACUGGAGAGAGACCCUACAAAUGCAACAUUUGUGGGAAUCGUUUCUCCACCAAGGGGAAUCUGAAGGUACACUUCCAGAGACACAAAGAAAAGUACCCGCACAUUCAGAUGAAUCCUUACCCGGUGCCAGAGUACCUGGACAAUGUGCCCACAAGCUCAGGCAUUCCAUAUGGCAUGUCGUUGCCUCCAGAAAAACCCGUCACCACAUGGCUUGACAGUAAACCUGUGCUCCCCACUGUUCCCACCUCUGUUGCACUACAGCUACCUCCAACUCUACCAAGCAUGAUUGGAGGCUUUGCUGAGUCGCCAAGCCUCACUCCACUCAGUAGGUCCCCUCAGAGGCAUUCUCCCCCCUCCAGUGAAUGUGCAUCUUUAUCACCAAAUGUAGCCACUGACUCCACUAGGACCACCACUUCACCAUCCCCAAACCCCAACCUUGGGAGUGAUGGACCUCCACUCUUAAAACCUGAAGGGAUUCUGUUGUCCCCAAAUUACUCGGCUAGGCCAGGAGAGAACACAACCACCACAACUACAGUAACCCAAGUACUUCUUUCCACAACUAACACCUCAACAACAUCCUCAGGCAGCGGACAGGUUUCUGAGUCAAUCAGCAGCCCCAGUUCAGCAUCUAACGCUGUUUCCCAUCCUGUUCUUCCAAUGCUUUCUGAACAGUUUAAGGCUAAGUUUCCCUUUGGAGGCCUUCUAGACUCUAUGCAAACCUCAGAGACGUCAAAGUUGCAGCAGCUUGUUGAGAAUAUUGACAAAAAGAUGACUGAUCCGAAUCAAUGUGUAAUCUGCCACCGUGUUCUGAGCUGCCAGAGUGCUCUGAAGAUGCACUACCGUAUCCAUACUGGUGAGAGGCCGUUCAAGUGCAAAAUAUGUGGACGGGCAUUCACCACAAAGGGAAACCUGAAAACACACUUUGGAGUCCACAGGUCCAAACCCCCUCUACGAGUGCAACACUCCUGCCCCAUAUGUCAAAAAAAGUUCACCAAUGCUGUUGUGCUGCAGCAGCACAUCCGCAUGCACAUGGGAGGGCAGAUUCCCAACACCCCUCUCCCCGAAAGUCUGCAGGAGAUGGAAACAGAUCUGUCUUUUGAUGAGAAGAGCUUAGAUGCAAUGAGCAAUUAUGACGAUGACCUCCUAGAUGAGAUGGAGCAGGCCAUGGAUGAGGAAUCUGACCUAAAGGAGGGUGAAUUAGACCCUUCCAAACCAUAUUCACCCGGGAGCUCCCCGCCGACUUCCAUGAUCUCCAGCAUUGCUGCAAUGGAGAACCAGAUGAAAAUGAUUGACUCUACUGCAAACAUGACCCAUUCAUUUGGUCAAAAGCCUGCUCAGAACGGCAGCAGCUUCGGAGGGGAGGCUGACUGCUUCACUACCGAUUCCCUGUCUGCUGUGGGGGAUGCUGAAGGUCAGAGUUUAGGGAGCCCAGCUUUGUCUGAGUCCUCUGGCUCCAUGCAGCAUUUGUCCCCAGCUCACAGUCAUUCUGAGAGUCAGCGAUCCAAGUCCCCCGCUGCACUCAAUAAUAAUAACAGCACUAGCAUGACAGUAGAGGAGGGCCAGGAGAAUAACACAGCUGGCUUGACAACAGUAAAGUCGGAAAAAUCCGAGACCCCAUCUCCACUUUCUGCGAUUGAAGGCACCGGAGCCCUUGACCUGACUGCCACUCAACCCAGCAGGCAUUACAUCAAGGAGGAGAGCCACUUCAGCAUGCUUUUUCUAAACAGAGAUCGAGGGCUAAGUGCUCCCAAUUUGGCCAGCACCGCAUCAAACAUGAUCAAAAUGGAAAUGAAUGGACACGGCAAGUCUCUGAGCGACAACCAUCAUCUGGGCAUUCAGGUUCCAGCUGCCGCGCCCACAACCACCAUGAGCCCCAGUAUCAACCCUAUGCUGGCGCCCCCACCUCCCCGUCGCACUCCAAAGCAGCACAACUGCCAAUCGUGCGGGAAGAACUUUUCUUCAGCCAGUGCUCUGCAAAUCCAUGAGCGCACACACACAGGGGAGAAACCGUUCGCCUGCUCCAUUUGUGGACGAGCUUUCACCACAAAGGGUAACCUAAAGGUUCACAUGGGAACACACAUGUGGAACAAUGCCCCAGCUCGCCGGGGUCGGCGCCUGUCCGUGGAGAACCCCAUGGCACUUCUGGGUGGAGACGCCAUGAAAUUCAGCGAGAUGUUUCAGAAAGACUUGGCGGCUCGAGCGAUGAACGUCGACCCAGGCUUCUGGAACCAGUAUGCAGCUGCCAUCACCAACGGCCUGGCUAUGAAGAACAAUGAGAUCUCAGUGAUCCAGAAUGGAGGCAUCGGCCAGCUGCCCGUCAGCCUCGGCGGAGCAGGAAUCACUUCGUUGGGAGCUUUGCCUGGAGGAAUGGACCGUGUGCACACGGGCAGCAGCCCUCCAAUGACCAGCAUGGAGAAGACUAGUCUGGAGGUUGCAGCCACUCGUCCUUUCUCUAGAUAUUUGGAAGAGAAUAAAGAGAUUGGGAUCAAUUAAAGACUUUUCUUUAAAACUCCAAGGUAGGCAUGUGGCAAAGACUAACAGUAUAGUUAUGGAGAACGAAACUGCUGAUCCACUUUGAACUUAUGUGAACUAAAUGUACAGAUUGAAAGAAUUUUGUUUUGUUUUGGAAAUAUAAUAUUUAGUAUUGGUUAGAAGUAUUUGCCUUCCACCCAUUCCCUCCUCACUUGAUAUUUCACCCAUGCAAAGUUUGUCUCUUGUUUGAAAAUCUGUCGUCUUGCAAGAUUUGCAUGGUACUUCUUGGUUUUUAUUGGUAUGUUUGACUGCUUUUCUGAAUUCGUUUGAAAGCUGGGAUCUUAGCGUCUCGGUGAUGAUGGACACGUGUCUUAUCAGUGCAGGACUACAACACAAAAGACAGUCUGGCUUUUUGCCCCCAACUCAGUUGCUGAGUAUGGAAAGACUGAAGAAAAGAAACUGAAUUGUGGUGUUUCUGUGCUCGCCUGAUAUAUUUUUUCUCAUGAACUAGAAAACUUGAAAAAAUGAUGUUUGAACUAUUUUAAUCUUUACAUUUAGUCUCUCAGCAUUGUCUGAUAAUGUUGUCCUGUGUCUUUAGUAUUUAUGAUAUUGACAAAAAAAGCGGGUAUUCAAAAAUAUAUUUAAUGGCCCAAGCAUUUUAUGGAUUCUUUGUUUUUCUAAACAGCAGGCUUCAAAUAUCUUUGUCAAUGAAGACAAUAUGUCAUUUGAGUUGAACAGCAGAGAAGAAACUGUAGGUUUUAUUUGGAUAUCUGUUGGGACUGUGUGUAUCUCAUUAUCCGAUAGAAAGGCAGGAGAUUUCCAAAGCUGCUAUGACCACAACCCUGCUUUUAACCUUUGUAAAAAGAAAAACAAAGAAGUGAAACUUUUGAAGAAAUAUCUAUGUAUAGAAGUACAGACAAACCUAAAACAGGUAUGCAUAUUUUGUAUCACAUAAAAAUAGGUACCAUGAGUUGAGAGUACUUGUCAUGUUUGUGAAUGCACUUUUUAAAAACAAGGCGUUUUGUCUGUGAGUUGCCGUUAACCUUUUGACUGAGCUAUCUCUCACGUGCUGUUCUCAUCAUUUCCAGCAUCCCACUCCUCCCGCUGACAGAGGUGGUCUCUGUCUCUGCGUAUGUGCUCCUCAACAGAGUGCAAACCCAUCACUCAAUCAGAACCUUCUCAAAUAAAACAAGAAAACAGCUG